UUACCAUUGAAAGGAACGAUCAAGUGUUUUCAACAUGUAGUGGCACAGUUACUUUACAUGAAGAAGCAUAUAAAAGUUGUCGUGUUUUGAUAUUUUAUCGUCUAGUAUACUUGUACUUGUAACCUUAAAAAUGUUGUUUACUCUACUGUUGUUGUUGUGCUGUUUUUCGUGUUCCUCAUCUCGAUCCUGUCCUCCUGAUCUGAAAACGUUAAAUAUUAUCUGCAAGUGCAAAAAUAAUAUCCCUGUUGUUAUUAACUGCUCAGGCUCUGAAAAGGACAACAGUACGUCAACUAUUACUGAUAUUACAGAUUUUUUAAAAUCAGUAACAAAAGGUCAAAUAAAAACAUUAGUUAUCGACAUAACUGGCUUGGAAGCCAUUCCAUCUCGAAUGUUUGAAAACUACAUUAUUAUAUUACUUACCAUUACGACUCAAAAUAUUUCAACUCUGCCAAGUGAUGUUUUCUUUGGGGUCAGUAAAGUUCUAGAAAGUCUUAGUCUUCGAAAUAAUAUGUUCGUCCAUGUUCCAUCGAGUUCCCUCAAAGUUUUAUUUAAUCUUCGUGAAUUAGAUUUAUCAAACAACUUGAUUGUGAGUCUAGAAGCCCAAGAUUUCGCUGGGAUGCCACUCCUGGAGCUAUUAUAUCUCAAUUCGAACAUGAUACACUCUAUUGCCGCAAGGACUUUUCAGUAUUUGAAUGACCUAAAAGAGCUAUAUUUGGAUCACAACAAUAUCACAGUUCUUUACAAAGACAAUUUUAUAGGCUUACAAAAUCUCAAACAUUUGUAUUUAGACAUGAAUAAAUUAAUAAGCCUGUCUACUGAUGUUUUUAUUAACUUGCAGGAUCUUGCUGAUGUUUACCUAGAUGAAAAUCUAAUUUAUUCACUAGCGAAUAUGACGGCUGAGUCUUCGAGUAUUCGUAUGAUUUCAAUGCAGAACAACAACUUAAAAGGACAACUGAAUGAAAAUACUUUCAGUGGAAUGCCAAACCUGCGUGAAAUAUAUUUAACCGACAACGAUCUGGAAGAAAUCACAACAAAUGCUUUAUCAAAACUUGUCCAACUCCAGAUAUUAGUUCUGAUUAAUAAUAGGAUAAAAACGAUCUCAAACAAUGCCUUCACACACCUCUGGAAUCUGAUAACAUUAGAUCUAGGUAAUAACCAAAUUCAGAGUUUGCCAAUUACAGCAUUCUAUAACCUUACGUCUCUAAGUAGCCUGUUGAUAAAUAACAAUCAACUAGAAAAGUUGACUUGUGAACAUACUGUAGACCUUCUCAACUUGGAGAUAAUAAAUCUUAAUGACAACAGGCUUUCAAACGUGGAGGCCGGAGCUUUCACACAAAGUUACAACAUAGUAACAAUCAGCCUAAAAGGUAAUCCGUUUAUCUGUGACUGUGCAUUAAAUGAAUUUGUCCUGCUCUUAAAAACAAUACCUGAAAUAACUGAUGCUGGAGAAUGUGCUGUACCUUCACCUUUACUAGGAAAGAACCUGAUUGAGAUAGACUUCGAUUCUAUGAAUUGUGGCAAUACCAGCAUCACCUGUCAGAGUCCUACGCUGCAGCCUUCUGUGGUAACACAUUCAAUCACUUCAUGGCGAACAACAGCUUCAUUGCAAACAACUUUAAAGAUUAUUUUGUUAAGUACAGACUUUGAAGUAAAAAAUAAGGAGCUACCGUUAACAUGGAUGGUGCUCGGCAGCGCACAUAUUGCGUCAUACAGGUGUAUGCUGACGUACAAGAAUGUAGGCGGCAUGUCAUUCGAACAAAAGUUACCUUUAACAUGUCCGUCACUUGAUAAUUCUGGUUCUCAAUCAGUAACACUUCUGGAUAUGCACGAAGAUGUUGAAUAUGAAGUUUGCUUUAUAAUUCUGGAUAAAACCAGUACAGUGGUCAAAAACUGUACUAAUCUCAUUCCUAGGCUCGAAAUAACAACUGUAUUCCCUUCCAGUUCAAUGAAUACAACACAAUCAGUUGGAAUUACCAUUAACACUGCUACCUACGUCGGCACCAACCACUUUUCCGAAAUCAAUACUGCAACUAGCACUUUCGUUGACACAAGCAAGUCCUCUGGUAUUACUUCUGAAACUAGUGCUUUUAUGGAUACAACUGAGUCAUCUCGAGUCUCUAUUCAUACUAGUACUAACGUGAACACCAUUCACUCACCCGAAACCACUACUGAAACUAGUAACUUCGUGGAUACAACUGUACUACCUGUAGUCACUACUAAAAUCAAUAACCUUAUUGACACCACGGAGUCAUUUGUAGUCUUCACUGACAAUAGUACUUACACUAACAUGACUCAACUACCUAAAGUCGCUACUGAAGCUAAAACUCCUAGAGUCUUCAACAACACUAGUAUUUACAUUCAUGCCACUCAACCGCCUGUAGACCCUAGUGAGACUAAUUUUUAUGAUAACAUCACCCAAACACCUGAUUUCAAUACUAAGACACAAUACGUGGACACAACCCGGGCAUCUUUAGUCAGUGAUGAAAGUACCAGUCAGGCACCUAUAGUCAACACUGCCACUGAAGGUAUUAUCAUAAACACAUUAGAGCACGAUACUACAUCAAUAACUUCUAGUCCAAGUUCCUCAACAACUACUCCAGUUAAACAACAUAAUACUACAGAUGGUGAAAGAGCGCAAGGUUUCAACUAUGGGCUUUCAACUGCCUUACAAGACACAAAGUUUAAUUCACUUUUAAUUUCGUGGAAUCUUUACCAGUAUGAAUCGCCAGAUCUCUGCAGUCUUCAAUUGAUGGUCUUAAUGAAUUCAGAGGUUGUUCUUGAAAGAAAAGGAAUGAACUGCACCGUAGGCUCCUUUUCGAUAAAAAAACUUAAGCCAGGAGAAUUGUACACAAUAUGCCUAGUGAUUGACCAUGCAAUAUGGGGUGAAUACAGAAACUGUACUAUGUUUCUCAUGAGUAACAGCAUAGACGACUCUGGAGGCAUUUUACCACGCUCUCUCUUGAUUGGACUCAUCGUGUUAAUUAUCAUGAUAAUAAUUUUAAUCAUAAUUGUAAUUGUGGUUUGCAAAAAAAGAAAAAAAUCAAGACAUACUGACAAGGAAAAAGAAAAAGUAUCCAAACAAAUUAAACUGAAAAAACGCUCUGGGACCUAUUCUGUUAACGACACUUCUAUAAAAAUGUAAUAAACAUUGAAUUGCAAUGCUUAAACGGCAAAGAUGUUGAAUCCAGAAAUUUUGUUGAACUGUAUGUAAUUCUGCACUUUCUUAGUACUGGACUUUCGUCUUCUCUUUCACUUAAAAGUAUGUAUAUUUACAGUAUUAAACUAAUGUGGAACUAUGGA